UAUAAGGUUCAAUAUUUAGUAUGGUUUAUCUGGGUUAGCUCGUCUGUGUUAUCGUAGUGACAAACGUAUGACCUUCGCGUGCUAUUUAAGUUUUCGACGGAUGUAGUUUAUAUGAGAGUUUAAAAGGACAUAUCAGCAAGAAGUAUAAUGGAGGUGUCAGGCAAGAAACUUUCGGAUCAAGACCGGGCCUACUGCCAGCCAUGUUAUGAAGAAGGGGAACACAUCACAGCCGAUGCCUUUUGUACUGUAUGCAAAGAGUUCCUAUGUUCUACCUGUAUAAAUGAACACCGAGCCCUAAAGGCUACCAAACGACACACACUCCUGGACAAGACAAGUAUGCCAACAUCGAUGACGGACAAAGUCAAUGAAGAAAACAACAAUAUGCCAUGCGAUAUCCAUCCCAAGGAGUUCAUCAAAUACUUCUGUUCCUCCCACGAGACUGUCAACUGUGGACAUUGUUUAGUAAUUGAACAUCGGUCAUGCAAGAUAAACAUCAUUUCCGAAAUAUCGGAUUCCUUUAAAAAUGGUCCGGAUUAUAGAGAUAUCAAAAGCUUAAUUUCCAAGCUACUCAAGGACGUAAAUGACUGUAUCAGUGACGUUGAAAGCAACAUUAAAACGGUCUUAAAGAUAGGUGAAGACGAGAUUAAAAAGCUUAAGGAUUAUCGAGAAAAGGUCAACAACAACUUCGAUGAAAGGGAAAAAUCCCUUCUAGAGAUCAUAGAGCAAAUAAAAGAUAUGGACAAAUCAAGACUGGACUCUCUGAAACCAAAAUGUGAUGAAAUUAAGGCUAAAUUAGACGAAAUGAAGUGUAAGCUUGAUGCACAGGAAAGAAACAGUGUCAACUUGUUUAUUGAAGCGAAGAAAGUUAGGAAACAGGUUGAAUGUCUGGAAGCGGCCUUGAAUGAUAUCAGCAAGGAGAACAUCGUCCAACGAUACGAAUUUAUAAAGGACACGGCCACUGAGAAACUGAUUGCAGCAAGCAGCAGUCUUGGCAUAGUCAGUAAAGAUCAGAAAACGGGAAAGCAAACGGUACCAAUUGAUCUGACAAGCCUGAAGUUCACCAAAGUUUCAGGCAUUCUAGUCAAGUCUUCAACCGACAUCGGAGAAUGUUGGCUGACCAGCAUGCUUCUACUAUCUGGAAAUAGGCUGCUAGUGUCAGACCACAAUAAUAGUACGUUGAAGUUGGUGGACCUCCAAACAAGCUCAAUGAUAUCCCAAAUCAAGCUGCCAGGUAAACCGUUUGGUAUGUGUGUCCUCCCUGCGGAUAAAGUAGCUGUUUGUUUAUUCGAUAAAAGUAGUGUUGUUUUCUUAGAUACUCGAGGACAAAAUUCCGUAGGAACCAGCAUAAAGGUAGAAGUAAAGUGUUAUGAUAUCGCCUACCAUAACGACCAGCUGAUUGUCUCCUUUGAAGGUGGGAAUAUCGUGAAAAUGGAUAUGGAAGGCAAUACUAUCAAAAAGAUGGACACUGUUAAUGGAAAAGCACUGUUUAAGAGUUGCUUUAAUAUGACACUGAUGGAUGAUGGUCGGAAUGCUGCUAUUUGUGUGUCAGACUACUAUAACCACACAGUCACCAAGCUGGACAUUGACUUAAAUAUUCUCCAAACAUUCAAUGAUCCUGCAAUACAAAACCCGAGGGGCCUCACUGCAUUUGGAAAUCAACUGCUUAUAUGUAGUUAUGGUACUACCAAAAUCUUUCGUCUUGACAUGUCCAGUGGCACAAUGAUCCAACUGUUGGGAGAAAGCGAUGGUAUACAACACCCAUACAGAGCCGUCUACAGCCCAGAACAAAACAAACUGUACAUCAUCAGCUACGAAUCCGGAAAAAAUGACUUGGACAACAAUGUGCACGUGUACAAGGAAAAAUGAACUGAUAUGAAUGGUCAGUGUUCAGACAAAAGCGGCAAUCAUUUACCUACCAAAUAUUUUCAGUGAUUUACGAUCUGCAAUGAAUCGUGGAUAUAUAAUUGACAUAAUGUUAUAAUAAUAAAUUUGUGAAUUUAUUUGGACAAAAGUUAUGAAGCAUACCACUUAAUAUUUCUUGAGAAGGAAACUGUCUAAAUAUGAUUUUGAUACAACGAGCAAAACUGUGGUGUUUGAAAGUAAGUGAUUUACAGUGAACAAAACAAGAAGAGAUCGUAGCUUUGCUAAACAACUCUGCAUGCAUUCAGAUGAAAUAUACACAAAUGAGUUAAAAUGGUGACCAGUGUGACAAAUCAAACUUUAACAGAUGUUAAAAAUAAGUUACUAUAGCUACUGUUAGUGUGUGCUAUGGUUUAAAAAAAUGACUAUAUAAAUAUGUCGUCAUUUUGUAUCACCAGUUAUAUAAAUAUCGUUCAGGUAAAUCCUUUGUUUAAUCAGUUUAAAUUUGUAACGAGAUCAGAGGAUACACGGUCUCUGUUGGCCAUGAUGUCACCGAAUUUUCAUGAUCGGUGGCUCAGUCUGACCACAUUACACUAUUUGGAGAAAAUAUAAUUUUACUUAGAUGAUUGUUAUGAAAGGUGAAACUAUUGUUGUUUUACAUAAUGUGCACCCAGGGGUUUGAAUGAUACCUUUGUAUUAUAUUGUUAACAAAACUUGGUGAAUUUUAUAUUUGUCGAAAAAAAUCGUCUAUGGGUUAAAUGGAAUGACCCUUAAAAUAUGAUCGUUUGUUUUUAUAGGAAAUGGUCCACCAUUCUUUCUUUUUUUUAAAUUUAUCAAUCACAUUUUGUAUUUUGUUUUUUGUAUUCUUUUUUAGUCAUUUUCGGAAAUAAACUCAAUGAAACUUAAAACCGUAACAGUAUUUAAUAUGAACAUAUUAAAAACACCUGGAGAGAAUUAUCUCGAACAAAAACAUCAAAAACUGACUGUUCCCUCCACUGUUAAUGACUUUCGUAGUUACUUUUUAUUUUCUAGCGUAUAGUUGCACAGAGGAUUAACUUUGGAUGAUAUAGCUGUUCGAUUAGAAACAAUUAAAUAUUUUCCAUUUGCUUUCUUGAAGACAACAGAACCGGAUGCUACGAUAUACUUCAAGAUAACGAGCAUUCGAUAUAACCGAAAUACAAAGCAUGUCUAAUUAACCUAGAUUAUUCGAGGAGAGCGCGACAUAACCGGAAUGUCGAGAUAUCAGAGUUCGACAUGGCGCGUUUGGACUGUUUAAACAAAACUGAAAUUCGAUAUAUAUAUAUAU